GCUGGUGAGCCGGCAGAGAAAACACCACCAUGCAUAGCUGCCGAGAAAAGGCGCAAUCUUUGGACAACACAAGAGUUGUCGACGAUAGCUGAACUAGGACUGCGCCAUAAAUCAACGAAUGGCAAAGUCUGCUGGACCGACGUGAGUGCCGAAUGGCAGCGAAGGGCGAUGCCGCCGAGGACAACUGCGGCACUUAAAGCUGCAUAUGCGAAACUUGCGCGGAGACUGAAUAACGUCAGCGGCCUUGCCGUUAACGAUGUGUGGGUACCAACUGCCACAUCGAAUGUCGAUGAUGCAACGUCCCCAUUGACACACGGAAUGAAGCAUCCGCAUCAGUCUAAACCAACAACCGGACAUCAAAGCCAGCGGCCAGUAGCGCCGCCAGAAAGUACACCGGAAAUGAGCAACACAGGGAGAACCGUGGCUGACGUGCAGCUCAGCAGUAGCGAGAGAAAUGAUGCCUCGACAAGCGAUGACAGUGAUGGGAAAGUGGAGAGCGCACCCAGUGGUGAAACUGCACAACUGCAGGCUCCGACCACUCCCAACCCACGUGCUGAUACGUGGAGAGACGACCUGGAAAAGACCUUUACACGACUUUAUCGCAAGGCGCAGCACACACGACAGAGGCGCCCAAUCCAACGACCAAAGACGAGAAUUGCGAAGAGACUGUUGCAAGCUGGGGAUCAAAUACUCAGAAAGCAUUUCAGCCGAGGAGGCAGACGUAAUCGAACAUUUGCGGCCGUAAACGCUGCAGUAUACGCUAUGGGAGCAGCCAUAGCGGCAGCAAUGGUAAGACAGCAGAAGAAAGAUAAGCUGAACAAUAAAGAAACCCUCCUGAAGCAGCGGAUAAGCGAGGCAAAAGAUCUAAAAAGCACACUUAUCCGGCUGAUAUCAACACUAGCAAAUGAGCUACUCAGAAGGGAAUCGAUUCACGGGCACUCGGUCCCGGGUGCCAGCAAGAAACCUAGCCAGAAAUAUGUGGAACUGAGGCAAGCGUUUCGCCUCACAAAUGAAACCUCUAUAAGAACAUUGCAACGCAAAUUGAAGGAUGAAUACAGCAUACUCUGCACUGAUCUGCAGCACUUAGAAGAGCAACGCGAGCAUCUUCGAUGGAAGGUGAACGGACUCAAUCUAUUGAAGAAGGAAGAGCGGCAACAGGGAGACCUUCAAAUACCAAUUGAAGAGAUCCGGGACUAUUGGUAUGAGAUUGUUGGUCAAGAAAAACCGUUCAACAAACACAGCGAAGACCUCAACUCGUGGGCGUGGGCACUAAAACGUGAACUGGGUUGCCCUGCUAUAAGAGACAGAGGUGACGAUAAUGAGGAAGCCGAACGGCAACCUCAAUCUCAAGUGCGAUGGAAUCGCAAGCUACAGGAUGCAGACUGGAAGCGCCUCUGGUCAAAAUUGCGCACAUGGAAAGCAACCGGGCCGGAUGGUAUCCAAGGCCAAUAG